CUCAUUCUGGCUGGAGCCCUUCGGAUUGCUGACAAGGUGGAGUCGGGGAAGACAUCGGUGGUUGUACACUGCAGCGAUGGCUGGGACCGGACAGCCCAGCUCACCUCUCUCUCUCUGCUCAUGUUAGACGGCUACUACCGAACUAUCAGGGGCUUUGAAGUGCUAGUGGAGAAGGAGUGGCUGAGCUUCGGCCACAGAUUUCAGCUGAGAGUUGGCCAUGGAGACAAGAAUCACGCAGACGCAGAUCGCUCUCCUGUCUUCCUCCAGUUCAUCGACUGUGUCUGGCAAAUGACAAGACAGUUUCCUACAGCAUUUGAGUUCAAUGAGUACUUCCUGAUAACCGUCCUGGAUCACCUGUACAGCUGUUUGUUUGGGACCUUCCUGUGCAGCAGCGAGCAGCAGAGAGUGAAGGAGAGCCUUCCAAAAAAGACGGUAUCGCUUUGGUCUUACAUCAACAGCCAACUGGAAGACUUCACGAACCCCUUGUACGUCAGCUACUCCAACCACGUCCUGUAUCCCGUGGCCAGUAUGCGCCACCUCGAGCUGUGGGUUGGCUACUACAUCCGCUGGAACCCCAGGAUGAAACCCCAGGAACCUGUCCACAAUCGUUACAAGGAGCUUCUUGCCAAGCGGGCUGAGCUGCAGAGGAAAGUGGAGGAACUGCAGAGAGAAAUCACCAACCGUUCCACCUCAUCCUCGGAGAGAGCUGGCUCUCCCGCACAGUGCGUCGCUCCGGUACAGACAGUUGUAUAAUACGGACUUUUUUGUGCCAAGUACCUUCCCAGGACCACGGGGGCAGCUUUUCUGAAACCCUCUGGAUUUCCAGCGUGGGGUCUGGGAGAUGCCAAUCUAUUUAUUUAUUUCUUUCCAGGGUAAUUUAUUAGUACUGUAGCACUAGAGGAAGCUUAAGCAAGAACAAACAAACAAGGCCCCCUAUGCAAUUAACCUUCUCAGUGGCUAGAUUAUAAUACAAGCUAAUUGCACUUGCCACCUAAAGGAAACCUAGAGCUCGCUCUUUGUUCAUUUAUGUGCUGGAAAUCACUUGACUUUAAAGAGAGACCAUGCGCUAGAAUGAAGUACUGCAAAGGAAAAACAGCUACUCAGAAGUUUGAAGAAUCUCCCCUU